AUGGCCAUUUUCGUGUCAGUGCCGUGCAGUAUGGGGGCGCCCCAAAAUACUUUACCCACCUUUUUUUAUGUCAGAUACUUCUAUUCAGAUCCAUCGGCGGAUUACCCUUUGCAAGUAUAUCAGCUAUAUCAUCACUGCCAUCACCGGAAUCAUCAUCGAAUGAUGAAUCAUCACAUAUAAUCAUUCCAUCUUCUCCAGUCAUCAGCACUUCAUCACCAAAAAACUUCCAGCUUGUCAUAGGUUUACCAAUAGGUGAAAAUAACUUAUUACCAAUUGAAGGCACCGAAAAUGAUCAAACUCUAAUGGCAGAUGCGUGGGCCAUAAAUAUACCAACAUCGAUCAAUAUUCAACCAAAUGUUAUUUUACAAAAUCCAGUUACUACAUCUACCAGUUUGCUUAAUGAUGUAACACUAGACACAUCACAAGUCACACCGUCUAAAUCAGUUUAUACAAUUAUCCCUAAAGUUAGUAUAGAUUCAAAAUCAAAUGAGUUGAAAAGAGAAUUACGUAACACUGCAUGUUCAUCAUUUGAAGAAGAAUGUUCUUCAAAUAAUAAUUUUCCUUCGAAUUUCUUCUCCAGUUUUCCUUCAGUGCCUCAGCUUAAUCCGUGUCCUUCUAUAAAUGUGCCAUGUCUUAGAUGUGAUUCUGAAGAUUCAAGUAAUUUAUCAAACAGUGUGGAAUGUGAUUGUUUAUUAUCCAAUCCUGCUAGAUGUUCACCAUUAUUUACAAACCUAAGACCUACUCUUAAUACGCCGGUAUUUGAUUCUUCUAAUAUUAUGAAUUCGAAACAGACUGUGCAGUGUGUGUCAGGCGAUAUACAAAAUCAACCAAUCGUGGAAAAUGUUUCUCCAUCAGACAUGAUUCGGUUGAAUAAUAAUUUGAUGAAAGCCAAAGCUUUACAAAAUAACAUAUGUGUGUCUCAAUCUUCUGUAAAUAAUGAUGCUAAUUGCGCAAAUACAGUUAAUACAAAUAUUAUUCCAGAAAGUGUUUUAAGAAUCCGUAAUGAUGUCAUACCAAAAAUGCGAUCAGAAACUGUUGCUGUUAAAUCAGUUGUACAAAACAAUGACGAUAAUAGAGGAUGUCCACAACUAGGAGCAGUUUCCGCUCAAAAUAAUAUUCCUUGCAUUCAAUAUGAUAACACAGCAAACAAUAUGUUUAAACCUGAAAGUAAUUUGAACAUAGCGAAAAUGAUCAAAGAUAACAAGAAUGAUAAUAACAAUAAUAACCAAGGUUGUCCUCAGUUAAAAACUAUUCCAGUGUAUAAUAAAGAGUCUCUUCUGAAGAAGAAAGCACUUUCUUCAUCAAGCAACAAUGUCGAUUGUUCCGAGAACGUAAAUAAUAAUAAUUGUGUUGGCCAAGUCAAUCAAAAUAAUCAAGGAUGUCCUCAGUUGCUUACCAUUGCACAAAAUAAUUUGUACCAAAAAGAAAAUAAUGAUGCUAGCAUAAACGGUGACAACAACCAAAAUUGCAACUGUGAAACUGAAUCGAACCUUAAUAAUAACUGUAAUUGCGUUCCGACAUUUACGCCAAAUGAUAAUCUAGCUCAAGCAUUACAAAUAAUGAAUCUUGCGAAAGCAAGACAAGCCCAAAAUCCUUCUACUUCUAUUAAUAUUUUACCUUUUGGUGAAACGUUACUUGACGGACAACCGAUAUGUAAUAACUUUGUCUCCCUAGAUACUCUUUCGUGCCCAGCACAACUUCCAACAAUUUCAUGCUCUGGUAUGUGUAAUUCAAAGAAGUUGACACUCCAAGAUCUAUCAGUGCCAAUCUCCAUUGCACCGCCUAACUCUAAUUCAAUUUCUUCAUUAAGAACUUCAGUACCAUGUUCAACAAAUAUAAUGCUAACUCCACGAGUCAACUCAGUAAACAAUGUUUCACCAAUGACAAAUAUAGCUCCAUCUGUACCAAAUAUUGCAAUAUCUAACUCACAAUGUCCUCAACCAUUUAUUCAACCUCUUAUUUUCAAUCAAGACCUUUGUAACAACAACAUACAGUCCCUAAAUCCCAUGAUUACUCCUAAUUUUAUCCCUUUGCAAUCACUAUCUCAAGUUCCAUUUGUCAACAACUUACCAUCUUCAUCUAUAAGUGUUACUCCUUCUUUAUCAUUGACUGACACUUGCAUUUCUCCUAUUUCUAACUUACCUUCUGUUUGUAUUGCUAUUCAACCAUUUGCUCCUCAAUAUCCUUUGUUACCCUCAAAUCGAAAUCAAGCUGAAUGUUUAUCAGGAGCAUCAUCUGCAAUAUCACCUAUAAACAGAAUCGUAAAUACUUUAACCAAAAAUGUUAUGUCACAAUUACUUUCAAAAAGAUUACCAGCCUCACCUAGUUUAGCAAAACUCCCUCCAGUCAAUCCUUACAGUUCUAACCUAGUUUCGAUUCCUCUGUUCUACCAAUUUUUGAUAUACCAGUAGCUUGUAAUGAAUAUAUACCACCAAUGUAUAGUUCAAUAGUUCCUAUAUCUACGUUCAAUUCAAACCUAUUUUGUUUGAACCCAGUUCGUGUGACACUUGUGUUCCUUUUGCUUUAUCAUUGACUGACUCUUUUUAUCCUGAAUCAUCAUUUAUGUUCCUCCUUUGACAUAAAAUUCUUCUUGUUUGUGGUUUUUAAUUACACCAGUAUCUGUACCACUGGUAUCGUCAUCAGUGGUUAAAUUAAUUAAUUUGGUAAGUAAAGUUUUUUGAAUAUAGGCAAAUAAUAUAAUUUUGUGAUAGAAUACGUUAUAACGAUCACAGAAAGGUGAAUCUUUGACAUUUGUGAAAUUUAAUGGCAGAUAAGGUGAAUGCCUUUGCGCGUACUGAAUAUAAGUA